AAUCAAACGACGCAGUUUACCAGACAAUUUUAUACUUUACAGAUAUGACUGAUGUUAAAAUUUAAUGGAUCUUCAGUAUAUUAUCUGUUGUAGCUUCAGAUUCUAUCCCAACAUCAAUUCCUGAUUUAUACGCCAACUACGGUUUGUCUCUGAGUAGUAGUAAUUAUUACAUAAAACAUGUUUAUGAAGGAGAUAUAAUGAUAUUCAGAUGUUAUUUGUCAACAAUGGGGGAUCCUCCGAUUACAUGGACAUGGUAUUGUGGAAAAGAGGUGAUGAAAAACGUUACAUUUUCAAGCAGCCGUUUGUAUACAUACAUGAAUUUCACUGCAACAUGGAAGCACGACAGAAAACUUUGCUAUUGCAGAGCAAAAUCAUCUUCUUCUAUUUUAUUCUACGACGAAACCUCUCGAUAUAGCUACCAGAUGCGUGUUUAUCAUUCACCUCAGUCACGUCCCGGGAUUUAUCCAAAUUCUCCUACAACUGUACAGAUCGGUGAGAACAUAAGCAUCAAGUGUAAUCUUACAACUCUGGGAUAUCCUCAAAUUAUAUGGAAAUGGCUCUGUUACAACAUGGCACCACAGAAUGGAGUAGACGUAGGAACUGAGUCUUACUUAACAUUCAUGGCGUCUCCAGGGCAUGACGGAAUGGUUUGCAGAUGUAGAGGAAUAUCUUCCUCCUCUUCUCACUAUUCAUAUGACGAGGUGUCGGAACCUUUGAAGAUCACCGUUUUAUCCACAACCGAAGAAGAACCUCUAUUCAUAACAGCUGCAGCUUUUGGAACAGUAACCGGGUUACUGGUAGUUAUUAUAAUAGCGUUAAUCAGCAUCCUAGUAUUACAGUUUAUCAGAGGCAAGAAAGAAAGUAUCUGCUCCUAUGAAAAUUUUGGAAAGACAUUAGAGGGAAAACCAAGCGGUCAACAAAAUCCUACAUAUAUCAAAGAAGAAUCGUACGAAGUACUGCAAGUUAACAGAGAGAGAUUCUAGACAAAUAUCAGACCCUUGGAUUUCAGAAGAUUAUGGUACUUCAGUUGUGUGACAUUUUCUUGACACUUCUUUUCAUGAAGUUAAUUUGACAGAUGUUUGCAUAUUUUUACCCAGUGGAUAAUGUUGAAAAUCAAGUAUCGUGUACAUAUUACAAACAUGAAAAAACAUCACUCAUUUAUACUAUUUGUUAAGAAACAUCGCAAGAGUAUGCUGAUAAAGCAAUUUUUGUAAAUAAUAUUGAUGGUGAUAUUUGUUGUUCUUAAAAUAUUUGCUGCUAAUUCAUAUAUAAAAUUGAUCUAUUAAUGAUAUAUAUCAAAACAUAUAUGUUGUUAAUAAACUAUGCUAUGAAUUUCACAAAACUGUUUGAAAAAGUUUUCAUUUAAAUUAGUACUUAGUAUAAAGUAAAGAAAUCUCUACAACUUGACAAGAAAUAAAAAUAAUUACAUAUCAUUGGCGUUUAGGUGUAUACAUAUUGAAAGCUAGUUGCGAUGGAUGACCAAAGUUUCCCCAAGAAAACAUUGAAAGUAAAAAAAAAUACUUAACAAUGUAAAUCAUUCGGUAGUCCGUUGUGUGUUAACAUUUGAACAUUUGUGAGUUUUUCUCUGAAAUGGCUAAGUAGGUUUCAACCAAUUUUUGGCAUAUAGCAUCUUUCAGUGAAAGGGGACAAAAAUUGUGAGUUCGAUGUCCAAUGCCCCCUUGUACCUGUGAAGAGGGAUUAAAACCCUAAAAUUAAAUAAAAUCUUCUUUACUCCUGGAUCUAUAAUGUGCCACCUCAAAACAGAAAAAAAUAGUUACAAAAAUAGUAUUUUGACUAUAAUGAUUUUAAAGUUGCUAUUAUUUAUUUUCUCCAAACAUAAAGAAAGAUUUUUUCAUUCACAUAAUGGGACUGAAUACAUGUGUAUAAUUAAGUAAUACAAAGGCUUUAACUAUCGAGAAAAAAAAAACUUGAGCAAAAUUCCAAGUUAAUCUCAGCAUCAAUAUUUUUUUAAUUGCCUCUGGAAAAUUUUACUGUAUUUACACGUGGUAAUUUUUAAACAUCAUCAGGAAAGUUGAUC